CAGUUCUUGACUACCACCAGGGAACGAAAUUCUCUCGUAGCGCUCGUGUCGGAUCAAGCUUUUCUUCGUUUCCAUUGUCUAUUGAGUCUCUGUGGCGACUGUUCGGACGCACACCCUCCGGUUUCACUUUCGGCCAGUGGGAUCUGUGUGUGUGCUCGGACUCGUACCAGCGUUAAAAUACGUUUCUCGUCCACCCCCCUGUCACCGUCGGGAAACCCUCAAUCUUAUCAUUUAUAUUUCGGCCAUGGAUCGAACGCUGCGGGGUGCUGGACAAGACGCAGGACACAGGACACAAGACAGAGUGCCUGAUGGAUGAACCAACUGUCUGUGGCAUCGAAUCAGCCUUAUUGAUUCCCGCGACGCGCUGCAUUGUCUUUUCACGAGGGGGCUGAUUUCAUUUCAUUGGCUUCGAGUGCCGGUGCUUCCUUUGGAGCGUUUCUCCUUCACACCGCACCACCUCAGCGGCACACUUCCGGUCUUCGUGAUUCUCCUGAAAUCGGCGGCGGGUGGCAACUCUGAGCUUAGAUAGGAAGCCAAGCUAUGCCACUUUGAGAACAGGAGAAUUUUCACGGCGAGUUUCAUCAGCCAUCAGCACGCAGCUGGAGUGGCC